UAUGUCUCUCCACAACGUGUCAGCACCAAGUAAAUUGGGAGGGAUUCUCCUAUACCAAGAAACCCAACACCGCGAAAAAUCUACACCCACUCACCAUCUACACCAACGCACAUACCACUUCCACACACAAACUUCAACCGUAGCCUUCCCAUACACCAUCCCGCGGAUGAUUCCUCCAUUAUUAUUCAGAUAUCAUUCUUUCUGUAGAUUUCUUAACUAAGCUCGUCUUCGGUUUCUUUUCUUUUUUUCGCUUCUAUUGCCUAGAAUUAUCUAGAUAGAUUCUAGACACCUAACUCGCUGGGAAUAGCGGAAUCGCGGCACAGCAGCACAUCACAGCACAACACCACAUCUUCCGAUGUCGACCGAACAGUGCACCUUGGAUACCUGCCCGGAGUCGGCCGCCGUUUACGGAUACCGGCCGAAUCUGGGUAUCAAUGUUUUCUUCACCGUCGUCUUCGGUCUCGUAGCCCUCUGGUCUCUCAUCGUCACGGCUUGGAAGCGAAGAUGGAUCUCUUACGGCAUCAUCCUCGCUGUUGGUGCUGUCCUCGAACUCGUCGGCUAUCUAUGUCGCGCAUUGAGCAACGGCGAUCCGUUUGAUGUUGACUACUUUUCUAUUCAAUUUACCCUCUUGACCCUAGCACCUGUCUUCACUAGCGCGUCGAUUUAUCUCUCCCUCAAGUACCUUGCUACCAACCUCGGACGGGGUCACUUUAACAUCAGCCCUAAAUUUUAUACCGCUUUUUUCAUUCCCAGCGAUGUUAUUGCCCUCAUCAUCCAGGCCGUAGGUGGAGGACUUGCGACGAGCGAAAGCACCUCUGACAACCCGCCUCCUCCUUCUGACGGGCUACUUGUUGGUACUAAGAUCACCAUUGCCGGUCUCGCAUUGCAGGUCGUUUCGCUAUGCACUUUCCUGAUCCUUUUCAUCGCUGUGGCUGUGCCUAAGCGCCAGACUUCUAUUUCUAACGAGCCCAAAUCGGUGGCUACCAACGGCCGACGACCUCUUUAUCUCUUCAUGUUCAUGCUCUUGGUGGCUACCGUUUUGAUCCUUAUCCGAUCAUCCUACCGUGUCGCUGAGCUUUCUCAGGGUCUAGCGAGCUCUCUGGCUACUGACCAAUGGCUCUUCGUUGGCUUGGAUGGAUUCAUGGUUGCCAUUGCUAUGGCGCUCAUGGUCAUUUUGAGCCCCGCUCUUAUCCUCCCCGCGUAGUCAAGAUAAUUCGGGUAUGAAAAACGAACCAUAUCGGAAAUUUGUUGGAAUUAUUGGUCAAUCUGAAGGAGGACGGUAGCGUUACGAAGGGUCACGGUAUUGCUAGGGGUUUAUGGUUGCACAGCAGGGUACGAUUCCACCAUUAGGCGUCUUUUUGGCUAUUAUCACCGCGUCUCGUUCGUUAUUUGUUUUGGAUACACACUUUUGCAAUGUAGAACUAAAAGGGGAGGAUUUCUUUAUCUUUUGAAAAAUUUGAUGUUUUUGCUUUUAUAUCGCUAUAUACCACUAAAAAUACCAUACCCUAAACCUGUAUCUGUAGCGCCAGCUACUAUUCUACCUAAUUUUCCCCGUAUAUAACAGUACAAUGCAUAUCUGAAGAACACAAGAAAAUAUUGAAAGUGCCAGUUAUGAAUUUAAUCUUAGGUCGAACAAAGAAAUCGAGAUUUAUC